UUCAUGUAUUGAAAAAUAAUUACUAUUGUGAGUUUCAAAUUUACGACAGUAUCAAUAAAGCCCAAUAAAGCCAGGCCCAAUCUACUGGCUCCAUUAUACCAAACAAAACCCGAAAUUCCCAUUCAAUCAGAUCAACAAUUUCAAUCUUCAUUUCUCUGGGUUUAUAAAUAUGGAUAGUGAAAUUAAGAAUAUCAAGAAGUGGAAUAUAUUGUAUCCAGUUUAUAUAAAUUCGAAGAAGACGAUAGCUGAAGGAAGAAGAAUUUGUGUGACGAAAGCUUGUGAAAACCCUACCGUUACUGAGAUUAGUGAUUGCUGCAACUUCCUCAAAAUUCCUUGUGCUAUCGAGCUUGAUAAGGCAUAUCCACGGGAUUUCAUGCAAAGAGGAAGAGUGAGAGUUUUGCUGAAGCGGGAAGACGGAACCCCGUACAAUCCUGUCAUUUCUUCACGGAAACAGCUGAUGGUCAGUGUUGCAGAGUUGGUUCGAAGACAUCCUAAUAGGACUAAGAAGCAGGAGCCUGCAGCCUCUUCCGCAGCUGGUUCGUCAAAGUCUGGCAAGGGAGGUAAAAAGAAGAGAUAGUUUCAGGCGCCGACAUCUCAAUUUCUUCAGACUGUUCGGAGAUCUUAGAUCUAUUUCUCUCGGAAUAUUUUAGUCCUUCCCUUUUUACUUGAUUUUGGGAGUUGACGUUGCAAGGGACUUGCAAAGAAGAGAAAGGAUGUAUGAGCUAUACAAGAAUGUGCCAUAUUUGUAUCAUUGAUCCAGACAUUUUUGUUGGUUUUCCAGACUAAACUUAGCUUGGUGAUUGUUAAUAUUUGCUUUUGAUUAUAA